AUGUGUGUUCAUCAAGAACGUCAACUCCAAUAUGUACCUAAAAAAAGUUCGUACAACCACGACGACGAUCGGCGGCACGUGUCCGAGAGCUAUCCGGAAGCGUGGUACAUCACGAAGGGGAAAGGAUUCUACCGGAUCAAGCACUUUAAGCUGAACGAGGAGCUUUUUGCCGGGGAGCAAAGUUUCGACCUGGAGCGGCGCAAGGUGUUCACCUGGAUUCCUCGCUAUGGGCUCGGAGACAAGGGCAACUGGCAGAUCAUCGAGCACGAUCUGGACGGCCGGCCGGUGUACAACAUCAAGAAUAUGUACUACAACGAGCUUUUGUACCACGGGAUGGGCGUUUACGCCGGGUGGAUUUUCCUCUGGAGACACAACAAUCCUUUCUAUGACGACAAUCAGUAUUUGUUUGAGAUUACCAAGUGUAGAUAG